UUUGUUAUUUCUCUCCACAAUUUUCAUUGAGUCUGCUGCUCCCAUUUUCCAUUAUCUAUUGCUCCCUUACCUUUCUUUCAUUCACAUUUCAAAGGGCGCUAGCUUCUUCCUCAUUGCUGGCAAAAUGGCAAAUGCAGCGUCCGGAAUGGCUGUGCAAGAUGAAUGCAAACUGAAGUUCCAGGAGCUUAAAGCAAGAAGGGCCUACCGAUUCAUCGUAUUCAAAAUUGAGAAACAACAAGUCAUGGUAGAGAAAUUAGGGGAACCAACGGAAAACUAUGAUGAUUUUCAGGCCAGUUUGCCAGCUGAUGAGUGUCGUUAUGCCGUCUAUGAUUUUGAUUUCACCACUGAAGAGAAUUGCCAGAAAAGCAAGAUCUUCUUCAUUGCAUGGUCACCAGACAUUUCAAGGGUGAGGAUGAAGAUGGUGUAUGCAAGUUCCAAGGAUAGAUUCAAGAGGGAACUCGACGGCAUUCAAUUCGAACUUCAAGCAACUGAUCCAAGUGAGAUGAGCUUGGACAUUGUUAAAGCUCGAGCCUUCUAAACACCCCUCUUCCUGUGUCACCUCUACUUCACAGUUAUCAAUUAAUUCCUAACUGUUCCACAACUUUGGGGGGACAUAGUGCAUGUUAUUACUUUGUUUUGCCUGGAUUCAAUCAACACCUACUAAUCCAAAAUCGCCAUGUAUUAUUAUAAUGCAAACAUUCUUCCUUAAACUCAGUCAUUGUUCAGUUUUCUGUUGAUCUUGGUUAGUCUCAACACACCUGCAUCAAGGCUGGUACGAAAAUUAAGUAGCACCCAUUAUAGCUUACUACUUGGUUUUGCAGUUGGAAGAGUAUGUUAUGUAAAAGCACUUCUUAUACUGAUUAACAUUGUUAAUAUGCAGAUUGCAGAACCGUAUUUACAUUACUGAAACUGUUCAUGCAAAUAUUCUAAAUACCUAGCUAAGCCAAUUAUGUGCA